AUGGCCCCUAGUUUACGAGAUCUGAUUGAUUUUCUGCUGGGGGAGAUUGCGCUUUGCGGCGAUCAAGGUGCCUCUCCAGCGGAUAUCUUGAAUUUCAUUCAUGCAUUCUAUGCCAAGGCUGCUCAAGAUGGGUCGUCUCAUCGCAAGCACACCGUUGACCGACGGUUCCAGGAAAAGGUGUGGUCUUGGCUGACAAGAAACCCAGAGGUCUCUGUUGGCAAGAACAGAGAGGGAAAUCACCUCACCCUUGCCGACGUAGAGCAUUCUAUGCAACAUGACCAGGGAAAUGAUAAGUCGCCCGAGGUUUCAUCUCAAACUCCGAUGCGUGUUUUCGUAUCGGAGGAGAGGACAUGGCUUGCAAUCACUGGCCAUGAACGGGACGAAAAUAAGGUCUUCUUGACAGAGUUUGCUCUUCUAUCCAUUAUUGCGUCUCGGAAGUCCGCCGGUAUCGUGCAGACUGAGCUGGUCAAACUGAGUGGCCAGGACAAGCGGUCCGUUCCUAAACGGACGGACAUGUUGCAGCAGAAAGGAUACAUCGACAAAAGAGCGAUUCAGAUAAAAGCUGCCCGGACUAGCCUAUGCACAUUGCGCAGGUUUCGAAAGACAGAUAAUGCACCGGUUGCAGGUAGCUCUGAUCAGCAACCGGAAGGGAGACAAGGUGUUGAUGUGAUUGACUUUAAGGAAUUCACCGACAAGCUUUUCCAGAUUCUUCGGCAAUACAAGAUCGUUUCUCGCAACGACCUCAAGAACCUACUUGGCUUUGCUGACCACUGGCGGUGGAGAGUCCUCUCACGCUCGGUGCGCAAGUUUGAGCGCAUAGGUGUCCUAAAACGAGUCAAGGCUUUGUCACAGUAUGCCGACACUAUGAACAAAUACCACCCUUGUGUAAUGCUCAUACGAGAACCGACACAACGGGAUUUUGAAAUGUUCAAUGAAUUCAGUCUGAACCUCACGACUGAUCUGGGACAAGAGGAUAGUGUGGAGCUUGAUGAAGAUGUGGAACCCAACGAUGCAGGGAGGGAGUCUUCGUCUCUCAGUGGCCCUCAAACAAUGGUUAAGAGAGAAGAGGACGUGGAGGAGGCUGGUAGAAUGGUCCCUGCAUGGAAUCCCGAGCAGAAUAUUCACAAUCUGAUAUUUGACACGGUGGACAGAGCAGGGACUUCUGGUAUUACUAACGUCGAUAUUCUCAGAACGUGCUUUGGGGGUUUCUUCCGCAGGCCACUGGAGAAUGCUCUUACUCGCCUAGUGGCAUGUUGGCAGUUGUCCCAACCUUUACAUCUACGUCAACUGGCGAUUGUACGAGACACAGCCCUCAGCCGAACGAUUACUCACUAUGUCCACUACUCUGCAAACAAUUUCCGCCAGAUUGUCGAUGCAGGGGGAUCGACAUGGGAGGCUGUGGAAUUUGUCCCUAAAACCACCAAGUCGAAUCAUGUCAAAGUACCACCGGUCGACGCUGUACCUAAGCUCAACGAACAUGGAUUUUCUGUAGCUGUUCCUGCCAAGGAGUUACUAAAGAAUGGGAACGCUACGCUUUUAGAGUGCAUUUUGGUUGUUAGACCAGCCAGUUACAGUUGCACUAAUACCGAUCCCGUAGCUGUGCAGCUGGAAGGGAAUACUUACGGAAUCCGGUUUGGGGACAGAAAAAGUAACCUGGAGGUGUCUCGGCGAGAUAAAUACGCUACACCGAGCAGACCGAAAGUCAAACAUCAGGAUAUAUCUGAUAUUGAAAUGGAAGAUGUUCCACCUAGCAGACGUUACAGAAAGCCAAAGGAUGACCCAGAUCGCUUUCGUGGAAUGUCCGAGAAAGAGAAACUCGAGGCACUUGGGUUGGACGAAACCUGGACUGAGUACAGCGUCUUACUUAUAGACCGUUCUCAACCUGGGGUGUAUAUUACUCCACGUGGGCGACGGAGACCGGCUGGGAAGAGACAAGGCCGCCCAAGGAUUAGUCGAAUUGCUGUCUUCAAAUCGCCGGGAUUGGCAUCUUUUCCCUGGUUUUUGCAGGAGAAGAGGGCAGAGGAAGACCAUGAGACCAUUAGUACUCCGCGUGAGACUCCACAAGCGCAGAGCAUUGAGAGCAUUGAGCCAAAACCCGGAGCAGAGACUAUAUUGAAACCAUCAACAGCCCGUUCUGAACUCCCAGAAGCCACUCCUACCAGAGGGACCAAACGAAACUUACGACAACGUGCAUCGAUCAAUGCGGAAUCCGAUUCAGCAGCAGGAAGGACACACAAGCAGCGACGCCUGAUGGAGGCUAACGUCGAUCCACCUGAAGUUAUUGCGAGUGAUGUUCAGGGGUCUGAAAACCUGAACCAUAAGAGGAAUGUGCAUGAAGUGCGAGAUCAGAGUUCAUCAAUGAGGCGAUCAAAACGUAGAAAAAUCGAGUCUCCAACAUCAGCCGUCCCAAAAAUGCCAACUACUGCAUCGAAGAUGCCUGGUUACAUUGAACAAGCAGACAGCUCAGCCGUCAUGGAAGAGCCGCGUGAAAGUUUGCAGCCAUCCGGGAUGGAUCUUGAUAAUUACACCCCCAGCGAACAUGUUAAUGGACUGUCCGGACAGUCUUCUAGUAUCGAACGUGCAAACGGAGCUGUACCGGAGAACUUCCUGGAGCCAGGUGAUUCAGCGUUGGAGACUCCAGUAGCGGUAAAUAAUCUCGAUGGGCUUCACGACGCAGGCGAGAAGCACCCUCUUGCUGCGCACACCUCGGAAGGCCCGCAACAAAAUCCCAAAAAACAGGAGAAAGGGGGAUCAGUGUAUUUUCUGCGAAGAAAGAUUAUUAUGGACAUCAUUGAGCAGGCCGGGGGUGCGUUUCCUCUCGGCAAAGAGCUGUGGUACCCAUUUGCUACCGCGUGGUUGAAGAUGAAAUACAAAGAAAGGCCUGACCUACGGACGAUCAAGACGACGGUAAAACACAUGGUGGAUGCUGGCAAGCUCCGUCAGCAUACUUUCAGUGGCAAAGACAGUAAAGGGAUCAUGGUGACAAAGGCCAUAGUCAGCAAGACCGACUUGGAUCCGGACGCCCCUCUUCUCAAAGAGAUGCAGAAGAACAUACUCGCUUCCGACCCUCGGCAGAUUUACAUUCCAUCCAGUGUUGAAUACGAUCGGGCAUUGACCAAGAGAGGACGAAAAGCCAUGCCGAGCGAUGAUCUCAAACCCAUCCCUCAGAUCCCGGUCGAACCGGGAGUCACCGUCCAACUGCACCGAAAACCAGCCCAAGUUGUGGCUCAGGAGAGAAGAAAAGGCCUCAGUAUUCAGAGGCGACUGCUGCAGAGACUGGAGCCCGAAACCGACAGCCCAAGGAAGCCCAUGCGACUCAUGACGAUCCAACGUCCCUCCACGGACGACUCUGCUAUGUAUGGCUUGACUUCGAUCUCUCGACCCGGCCCCGGCGGCAGCAGUGAGGUUUCAGGGCGUCUUCCACGACGACACCGGACUACUGCUCCUGGCGGUUUAAUUCCUCGCCGCCAAGUGAAGCGGCUCUGGAUCCCAAUCUCCUCCAUGACUCCUUAUGCAAUGCUCAUGAACCCAAAACAGGUCUUUCAUGAAGGCUCGGGGACGUUCUCGACCUAUGCCGGGCUUAUGUCAUUGCAUAUGCCCCAGUCUCUGAAGGAAAAGAAGAAAAAGAAGGAGAAGGAGGAGGUUGAAGUCAGACCCGGACUGCCCAAGUCUCUGGAUGAACUAUUCAAGAAGGCACGACGACGCACGGUGAACUAUUCAGACAGGACCGAUCCUCGGUCGCGUAAAUUCUUCCUGGAUACCAACGUCAUUCUCCGAUGGGAGCUCCAGAAUGAAGAGCUACUUCAGAACCAGACACCCGAGGAUGCGUCGUAUAUAAACCAGACGGUGGCGAACUUGUUUAGUGCGCCGAUCGAGGGUGAUAUACGGUUCGAUCGUGACCAGGCCGAGCCUCCAGUUGCGUCACCCCCCGAGCCGAAGACCACAAGACGGCGAGCGCAACAGCAGCAGCGUCAGGAAGAGCAUCAGGAACCAGCCGAGCCCCCAACGCUCCAGCCCUCGGUUCCAGAAUCUGCAGCUUCAACGACACCCGAAGAGACACCCCAACUAGAAAUAGCACGACGGAACCGCCGCCUGAACCAACUGAUACAGCGCGAGGCAGCUGGGCCUCAGACACCUGCACCGUCUGGCUCACGGCAGCUCAUUCGUCGAAACCGGAUGGCUGGUCAAUUGCCGGACCAGCUUGUACAGAGAGUGAUGGUGGCGAUUGCCGUUGUCCGUAGCCUCGCAAGUGGUUACGACGCGCGGCUGGUCGACUGGAACCUGGUAUCCCGUUGCUUCCCUGACGAUGAUCCGGAAUUCAUCCAAGACCGUGCCAAGAUGAUCCUUAGUCGGAAUCGGUUGCAGAUCUCUAAGAUGCUAAGCGACUUCGAGGAGCGGUUUAUCGAAGCGUACGCCAACGACCAGGUACCUCCUAUUAACUACGACGACCUGGACAGCUACAACUGGGAAUGGGUUGUGAAUUGGGCAUACGAACAGCUAGAUACUCCCCGGUCCGGAAGGCUCCCCGACCUUCCUGCCACCCGAGAGCAAUUCGACAGUGUAUUCGAGAUCCGGGAGGAGCCGAUCACAUCGCUGGACGAUAUCUACCAAAGCAGCCACGGAAUCACCAUCAACCGACGGCGCACGCUCUUCGCGGGGGUACCUUUCGCCACCCCGCUGGCUGACCAGCCGGUCAGGACCACCGCGCGACAGAUGGAACUGGCACGCCUGGAGGUGGCCAAGACGUGGGUCCGGGCCAAUGUCGUCACACCUGAAGGGACAUAUCGUCCAGCUGCGGCGCGAGAUGCCCUCGAACAAUUAGGGGACGACCUUGUGGGCAAGGCGUUGCAGUCGCUCAUCACGGAACGAGUGCUGUACAUGGUCAACAAGGGCCGGGACGCCCCCGGCCGCAACUACGACAUUAGCGAACAUUUCCUGCAAGUGCUGGGACGAAAACGGUCCAUCGAGGCUGCGGAGCUACGACGGGCUGCGCAGUUCAAAACCCAGGUACUCGACCAAGCGCUACAACAGCACGGCACGUUCGACGUCCCAUACAACGCCGAGGACGGCGACAUCCUCGCCAUGAUCAAUCUCUUUGCCGAGGGGCGAAUCAUCCUCACGCCGCGCGAUCCCCCUCGCGACAAGUAUGGCCUCACCGACGGCGGAUAUCUAACGCGGCUGAUAGACAAGGACAAACUGCGGUUCUCCGUCGAAGUGCGGCCGACCCGGGAAAGGUAUGUGUAUGGGGAUCCGAUCCAGGAAAAGACGGCGAGCAUCCCACCGCCGUGCGUGCCCAACCUUCGCGUCGACUCGGCGGACGACGUCCCGGAAAAGAUCCCUCUCUGGUACGACAUCCACGGGCAACUGGUGCCGGUGCUAUGGGAGCUGGCGCUGGUUGCCGUGGUGGGCUGUGUAGCGACGCGACCGGGGAUCAACGCGUUGGGAAUUGCCAACAUGAUGAAACCGUGUCUGGGAGCGUGGGAGGUCGAACGAUUGUAG